UUGGUUUGUAUUUCUCAUACAGCUGACUGCACUUGAAUGCAUUGUUUUGGCAGCGUGGAUAAAGUCUCAACAUAGUUAAAGGUUCAGUAGGACUUAAUAGUCGAGAAGCAAUUCCGAUCCCAGAAAUAACUGAAUAUCUUGUUCCCAAAUGCCCUGGCUGAUGUGUCUCUCUGUCUGCUGGGACUAUCCUGAGAUGUACAGAGAGAGCUUAAAAUAAAAUAAAAACAAAACUUAGCUGUAUGUCCUGCUUCUCACUAUGGAGAAGGCAUCCAGCACCCAACAUGAGGCAGAGCUGGCUCUUCUGGGAACAAUUCAAAAAGGAAGAGACCCCAGUGGCUGUGACCAGUGUUCAUGCAAGAAACCAAUUAAAUCAAACUGCUGGUUAGCUGCCACAUCUAGCAGUGCUAGUCAGGUGAUGUUGCCUGAGAGAUGCCAGGGCAGUGAUAACACACUGAUGAAGCACCUUUAAAAGAAGAAAAGGGCAGGAGAGUGAUAAAGGACAUCUUACACAAAUGCCGUGUUUGGUUUAUUUCAGCAGAGUGGAGCGUAGUAGCUGAUUCCAGCGGUUUGGGUCUGCUGCUCCAACAGCGGGCCUCCCAGGGACUUCUUUAACUUUAGGUACUUUACAAUUAAUAACCUGGUUUGGAAGAAGAGCAUGCUUAUAGUCGGCAUGGUGGAGGGCAAGCGGAAAUCAACAUGCCAGAGUCAUACUCUGAACACACGUGAUACAUGAUAAACUAGUGUCACUGUCUUCACUUGGAACAGGAGAAAAUAGAAUGGAAGAUGCUGCAAAUUGGUAUUCAUCGGCCAUCUGUAUUUCUGAGCAAAGAUCGGCCAACUGCAAAAUGAAUUUACCAGGGAAAGAUGCGUACCAGCUUGGCUGCUUACUAACUGGAAGCUGAAGGUCUCCUAGCCUCUGUGCAGAGGAACAGAAUGCGGGUCACCAUGAGGCGGGUGUUGCUGGGGCUUGGCUUUGCUGUUGCCCUGAUGGUGACUGUGCACCUUGGCCAGCAGAUGUUGGAGUGCCAGGAGCUGCUGGGCAGGGGCUAUGGCAAGCGGACGCAUGGGCUGAUGAGACCAGAAAAUGAAGAACUGGUUAUGGUGGACUCCAGUCACAUUGAGUACCGGUACAGCAAGGAGAUGCCGUUGAUCUUUAUCGGUGGGGUUCCGCGGAGCGGCACAACUCUCAUGAGAGCCAUGCUGGAUGCACAUCCAGAGGUCCGCUGCGGAGAAGAGACUCGCAUUAUUCCCCGGGUGCUGGCCAUGCGCCAGGCCUGGUCCAAAUCUGGACGCGAAAAGAUGCGCUUGGAUGAAGCGGGAGUGACAGACCAAGUCCUGGACGCUGCCAUGCAGGCGUUUAUCCUGGAAGUCAUUGCCAAGCAUGGGGAGCCAGCCAGAUAUCUAUGUAACAAGGACCCCUUCACGUUAAAAUCCUCUGUCUACCUUUCCAGACUCUUUCCCAAUUCCAAAUUUCUGCUUAUGGUUCGAGACGGCCGGGCUUCUGUCCAUUCCAUGAUCACAAGGAAGGUAACAAUUGCAGGCUUUGACUUGAACAGCUACCGAGACUGCCUUACCAAGUGGAACAAAGCGAUCGAGGUGAUGUAUUCCCAGUGUGCAGAGAUUGGGCAGUCCAGGUGCCUGCCUGUCUACUAUGAGCAGCUGGUGCUGCACCCUGAGCAGUCCAUGCGUGUCAUCAUGCAGUUCCUAGACAUUUCCUGGAGCGACGCAGUGCUGCACCAUGAAGAGUUAAUAGGGAAACCAGGUGGAGUCUCCCUUUCCAAGAGCAGAGGGAUUGAUGCACCCAACUCUGCUUUAGAGUAUUGGUGUGUGUCUAAGUAAAGAACGGCGUGAGUGCCACAAUGGCGGUUAGCUGCUUAGGUGAGGAUUUUUAAGAAUGCUGAUAUCUCAGUCGUCCGACUUGUAAAUAAGGGGAUGAUUUCAGGCUCUGCCUUGGCAGAGUCCUAUUUAAGGAACUCCAGUUUUGGGGUAAUCUGUCUCCUUCCUCUUUUUCUACUCAUUCCCAAAUAUUUCUUUAAACAUUGGAUUAUGUUCCAGCUAGCACUGAAUGAUUUGAGGUAGCAUGCAGCUGAGGUUCCCUGACUUCCCACAAGUAGUUCUGACAUGAUCCUGGCACAAAGAACUGUGUACGCACAGCGUGCGUCUUCGAGAGCAAUUUCAUAUUUUGAGCUUCUUGCUGCUGCUGUUUGUAGUGAUCGUUUUGGCUACUUGGUAACUUUAGAUUAAUGUAACCCAACCACUAAUUUUAAACACAGAUAUAUGGGAAGUAGCCAGACAAGUCUGUCUUCUAACAGUCUUUUUCUGUUAGUUCUGUACAUCCAGAAUGGGGAGGUGGAGGAGAAAGAACCCACUGUAUGGUUUUUCU